CGUAACCGAGCCGGCCUCCUUGCCCCAACUAUAUAAUUCUCCUCUGCCCACUCGAUUCCAGUCGAAAAAUCCAUCCGCAGAACAGGCGAUCGAUCUUUACCUGUUGCCGAGUCGCCAAACUCCCCUUCGUCAAGAUGCAGAUCUUCGUGAAGACCUUGACCGGCAAGACCAUCACCCUCGAGGUUGAGUCUUCUGACACAAUUGACAAUGUGAAGGCCAAGAUCCAGGAUAAGGAGGGCAUUCCACCGGACCAGCAGCGCCUGAUCUUUGCAGGCAAACAGCUUGAGGAUGGACGCACCCUUGCUGAUUACAAUAUCCAGAAGGAAUCCACCUUGCACCUGGUGCUUCGCCUACGUGGUGGCAUGCAGAUUUUCGUCAAGACCCUUACUGGCAAGACCAUCACCCUGGAGGUUGAAUCGUCAGACACCAUUGACAAUGUGAAGGCGAAGAUCCAGGACAAGGAGGGUAUCCCCCCGGACCAGCAGCGCUUGAUCUUCGCUGGUAAGCAGCUUGAGGAUGGUCGCACUCUGGCUGAUUACAACAUUCAGAAGGAGUCUACUCUCCAUCUGGUGCUCCGCCUUCGUGGUGGCCAGUGAGUCCUUCGGGCUUUGGAAGUUUGAUUUGCAAGUCUGUUGCGUCUGGGGCUUCUUCCCCUGUUACGAUUUACAUAGUCCUUAUGUUUGUUUUCGCUCAAAGUCGUCCUGUGCCAUUUGUGAGAACAUCUGAUGCUGCCUUAUAGCAGCAUGAUCUAUGUUAUGAAUAAGUGACCCUCAAUGUUUUUAUCCUUGGUAA